GGUGAGAAGGAGAAGGUAAAAAAUUAUAGAGAAAAAUGAUGUAUAAAUAUUUUUAGAGAGAGAAAGGUGAGGAGGAGAAGUGUUUUUUUUUGUUCUGAAAUAUAUCAAUAUGGGUAUCAUUUUAUAGAGGGGAAAAAAAUAUGAAUUUUGGUAUUUUUUUUUUUUGGAAAUACGAAUUUUCUGGGAAAUUCCGUGGAAAUUUCCACGAAAUUUCCCAAAAAGAACACAGCAGCAGCCACGUGGCAGCUUGCCACUGGCUGGCUGUGUGUGACUAGGCUGAUUUUGUCUUCCAUUCACACGGUUCAUUUGCUGAUGGAUUUGUUCACAUGGUGAUGGAUGACAAAACAUGUCAUUUGGUGAUAGGUUUUCUAUCACCAAUGGGAUGCAUGUUUUUUUUGUUCAACCCAAAUUUUCUGAUUUUGGUGAUGAGUUAUGUCACCAUUGGGAGUGCUCUAAUGCUAACAAAAUGUUAUAUCAGUCUGCUACUUAAAUAAGAAAUAACUACUACAAUAUGACUUACAAAUCAUUUUAUCCCCAUCAUCAAAUGACUUUUCUAAUUACAUCAUGUCAGAUCCGAUAGAUACACGUAUGUGUAAGAAGUCCAACCAUUACAUAACCUAAAAGAAAACUAUUACAAAUAUUCAAUCAAAUGUAUCAUCCAUAAGUUUUCAUUUAUUUAUUGAGGGUGGUUGCAAGAUCAUGGCAUAGCUUAGGUCUAAUGUCAAUUCAUAUCACCUUUUCCUAUUACAUAUUACACACUAAAACAACUACAUUACUCACUAAUUUUUAAACCAAACAUCUUCCCAUAACUUAAGCCCUCAAAACAAAAACAAAAACAAAAACAAAAACAAAAACAGUACAUUAUUAGCUGAUUAGCUCAUCUCAUGUCCAACAAGAAGACACAUAUACCCACAAUUACAAAAAUAAAACCACCCAAACAAACAAUAUAAUCCAAGAAUCUCUCAAACUAUUCCAAACUUCAAUACUCAAUUACUGUCACUCUUCACUCUUCACUACACCAGCACCAGCUUCUCUCUCUCUCUCCUCUUUUCCUUUCCAGCUCACAACCCUAAAUCAACAAAAAUUAUUUUCUUUCUUCUCAAAUUUGCUCUGCAAUUUCUGUGAUCGAUCCAAAAAACUGUGUUUUUUUUCAUGGAUUCCUCAACUUCUCAUCGGAAUCCUCGUCGCCGGGAACCUCAAACUCGCCGGAAAACCGCCAUUAAAGCUUCUUCAUCUUCUUCUUCAUGGUGUUGCUCUUUUAAAAGCCCUCCUAAAUCACCUGAAACUCUUUCUCUCUCCUCCUCAAAAGCCCAUCACAAAAUAGUGGGACCCGCCUCAGAAACCUUGUCAAAGUCCCUAAAUUCGUUCCCUAACUCUCCUCAGAGCUCCAAAUCUGGGUUAAGUUUAGUGGGUCGAAUCGACCGUCGUAGGAUUCUCUCUCCUGGGCGAGUUUCACCCAUUGAUUCUGACAUGAUCCCGCCUAAAAUUAGCAAUGUGGGUCAGGAGCAGGAACUGAGUCGUGAACUGGGUUCAACUCGGAAGGUUGAGUUAGAGGAAGAAACAGAAAAUGGGGGUGAAAAUGAUGAUGAAGAUGUGGUUAGUGAGGAGGGUUUGGUUGAAUUUGAUGUGAGGUUGAGUUUGAAGGGUAAAUAUGGUGGUGGGUGUUUGGUUUUGGAGCUGAAUUCCAAGAUUUUGGGGGAAAAUAGUUUGGUUUUUGAUGGGUUGAUUAAGGAUUCUAAGAAGAGUGGUGGGUUUUGUAGGAUUGAGGUUCCUGAGGUUGAAAAUUUGGGUGUUUUCAGGGAGACUAUUGAGCUUAUGUUUGAAGAGGAUGUUACCAAGAAGCUUAUCAAGAUUGGAGCUUUUCGCGCUAUCGAUGUUCUUGAGGUUUCUGCAAGCAUCAAGUUCAACAGAGGUGUUGUCUCCUGCUUAAAGUAUCUCGAGGCUGUUCCUUGGACCGAAGAAGAGGAGGAAAAGCUAAGGAGACUCUUCACAAGGUUCAACUUUGAUGAUGCCACUAAUAAUGAGAUAUUCUCUAGGCUCAACCUCAAUGAUUCUAAUUCCCCUCAGCAAAAUUUGGCACGCCAGAUUGUUUGUUCCAUCACCACAUGUAGCAACACCAAAGCAAGAAAUGAGCUCAAAUCCAUGGUUAAGGGUCUGUUAUCCAAAAGCUCAGUCUAUGAGAAAGACCAUCUUGACAUUACCAAAGAUGAUCUUUACUCCAUCUGUCAGUGCUGUCUAUCUUGCUUGGUUACCCUGUUCCAGGAGGCCACUGACACCACCACCCCUCUUGAGCAAGGUAGUAGCAAAAAGAACGAAGGAAAACCCUUGAUUGAAUCUAUCUCAUGGCAGGUUGAAAACAUCAAUUGGUUGCUAGAAAUCUUACUUGAUCGUCAGAUGGCAGAAGAUUUCGUUGAUUUAUGGGCGAAUCAGAAGGAUUUGCUUGAGAUGCACCAAAAAGCAUCUCCGAUGUUGAGAUAUGAACUAAGCCGUGUCUCAGCAGUUCUAUUUGUCGCGAUGGGUACAAGGAAACUGCAAUGCGGGGCUGAGUUGAGAUAUGGGCUUCUCCACUCGUGGUUUAGUCCCAUGCUUCUAGACUUUGGCUGGUUGCAGAGGUGUAGAAAGGGAUUGAGUGUGAGGGAAUUGGAAGAAGCUAUGGGUCAAGCCCUCCUUACACUUCCUUUGAAGCACCAAUAUGCAUUGUUCAUGGAAUGGUUUAGAUGUUUCUCUAAGCAUGGAACUGAAUGCCCUAAUCUAAGCAAAGCUUUCCAGAUUUGGUGGCGUAGAUCCUUCUUGAAAGGCUCAGAAAGUCAUGCAAUUGAAUCGAGAUAGCUGGAUUUUUUUGUAAGUUUUUCUUCUUUUUUUGGCGACCUGUGUAAUGUUGCAAUGUUGUAGGUUUGGGUUUGUAGCUCAACAUUGUAUGUGUGUAGAAAGUGUGAAGCUUUAGAGCAAGGCAUUUAUUAUUGACCCUUGUUCUCAUCAGGAGUUGAUUGUUUUCUCUGUGAAAGGAAGAAAUUGAUUCUGGUAAUGAACAUUUUAACUGAAACGAA